UUGGGGGAGGGUUUCCAACGCCCGAACAGUUGCUGCGGAGCAUUUCUGGGCUCACAUAGCAAAAGAUUGUCAGGAGAGAGGGAGAGGGAGCGAGGAGCUGCCGGAAGUGUCUGCAAGCAGGCGCGGGGGCCGCAGCAGCAGCUACAGCUACGGCAGCUGUAGCCGCCUUAGCCAGAGAAACUUUCCAGUUUUAGCCUAGGAGCCCGGAGACCGAGGAGCCCUCCAUGCCCCGGAGCAACAAUGCAACCAUAUGACAGCCACCUAAUUCGACCCACUCCUUUGCCAUCCGCCUGCAUUUCCCUCCCUUGUCCGCCGGUGAAGAUUGAGGCAGGGUGGGAAUCGCUGUAACCCCUGCAAAGAAGUGCCCCGAGGAGGUGCAGGAUCGGGGGAGGGGGGGCCCCCAUUUUCUGUACACCUUUCUCUACGCGCCCCGGCCCUCCUCCUGCCGCCUUCCUGCUUCAGUUCUGGUCUGUCCGGGGUUAGAUUCCCGAAUUGGCUUUCUUUUCUACUUGACCUGAAGAGUCCCAGGCUGCUGUCGCCGGUGUCGCGUCUGUGCCAUGGGGCUGCCCACUCUGGAGUUCAGUGAUUCCUACUUGGACAGCCCAGACUUCAGGGAGCGUCUGCAGUGUCACGAGAUUGAGCUGGAGCGAACUAAUAAAUUCAUUAAAGAACUCAUCAAGGACGGAUCCCUGCUUAUUGGGGCUCUGAGAAAUCUGUCCAUGGCAGUACAGAAAUUUUCACAGUCCUUGCAAGAUUUCCAGUUUGAAUGUAUUGGAGAUGCUGAAACUGAUGAUGAAAUUAGUAUUGCUCAGUCAUUAAAAGAGUUUGCUCGAUUACUUAUUGCAGUGGAAGAAGAGAGGAGAAGACUGAUUCAAAAUGCUAAUGAUGUAUUAAUAGCCCCACUGGAGAAGUUUCGGAAAGAACAGAUUGGUGCUGCAAAAGAUGGAAAGAAGAAGUUUGACAAAGAGAGUGAGAAAUACUAUUCUAUUCUUGACAAGCACUUAAAUUUGUCAGCAAAGAAAAAGGAGUCUCAUUUGCAAGAGGCAGAUACACAGAUUGACCGAGAACAUCAAAAUUUCUAUGAGGCAUCACUUGAAUAUGUCUUUAAAAUACAAGAAGUUCAAGAAAAGAAGAAAUUUGAAUUUGUCGAACCGCUUUUGUCCUUCCUUCAGGGAUUAUUCACCUUUUACCAUGAAGGAUAUGAACUGGCUCAGGAAUUUGCACCCUACAAGCAGCAAUUGCAAUUCAAUUUACAGAAUACAAGAAAUAAUUUUGAAAGCACUCGUCAAGAGGUAGAGAGACUAAUGCAGAGAAUGAAAUCUGCAAAUCAAGAUUACCGUCCUCCCAGUCAGUGGACAAUGGAAGGGUAUCUUUAUGUACAAGAGAAACGACCUCUUGGUUUCACAUGGAUUAAACAUUAUUGCACUUAUGAUAAGGGAAGCAAAACAUUCACAAUGAGUAUUUCAGAGAUGAAGUCCAGUGGAAAAGUGAAUGGUCUUGUCACUAGCUCACCAGAAAUGUUUAAAUUAAAAUCUUGUAUCCGAAGAAAGACAGAUUCAAUCGACAAACGAUUCUGCUUUGACAUCGAAGUGGUUGAAAGACAUGGAAUCAUUACAUUGCAAGCUUUCUCAGAAGCAAAUAGGAAACUGUGGCUUGAAGCAAUGGAUGGGAAGGAACCGAUUUAUACUCUGCCUGCCAUUAUUAGCAAGAAGGAAGAAAUGUACUUAAAUGAAGCUGGAUUCAACUUUGUGAGGAAGUGCAUUCAAGCUGUGGAGUCUAGAGGUAUCACCAUUUUAGGGCUCUACCGAAUAGGAGGCGUGAACUCCAAGGUCCAGAAGCUCAUGAACACCACAUUUUCUCCUAAGUCUCCUCCUGAUAUUGAUAUUGAUAUUGAACUGUGGGAUAAUAAAACAAUAACUAGUGGACUAAAAAACUACCUCAGGUGUCUCACUGAACCACUGAUGACUUAUAAGUUGCACAAGGAUUUCAUUGUUGCUGUUAAAUCUGAUGACCAGAACUACAGAGUGGAAGCAGUCCAUGCCUUGGUGCACAAAUUACCAGAAAAAAACAGAGAGAUGUUGGACAUCUUAAUAAGACAUUUAGUCAAAGUAUCACUGCAUAGCCAGCAGAAUCUCAUGACUGUCUCCAACCUUGGGGUCAUCUUUGGCCCGACUCUGAUGCGGGCACAGGAAGAAACCGUAGCUGCUAUGAUGAACAUCAAAUUCCAGAACAUUGUGGUUGAGAUUCUGAUUGAGCACUAUGAGAAGAUAUUCCAUACUGCGCCAGACCCAAAUAUUCCUCUUCCUCAACCUCAGUCCCGGUCAGGGUCUAGAAGGACAAGAGCCAUUUGCCUCUCGACAGGCUCAAGGAAGCCGAAGGGGAGAUAUACCCCAUGCCUGGCAGAACCAGAUAGUGAUUCAUACAGCAGCAGCCCAGAUAGUACACCUAUGGGUAGCAUAGAAUCACUGUCCUCUCACUCAUCAGAACAAAAUAGCACUACUAAGUCGGCUUCUUCCCAGCCACGGGAAAAAUCUGUAGGCAUCCCCUGGAUUGCAUCUCCACCACCUUCCAAUGGACAGAAAAGCUCAGGUCUCUGGACUACCAGUCCAGAAUCAAGUUCUAAAGAAGAUGCAUCCAAAACAGAUGUGGAGUCUGACUGUCAGAGUGUUGCAUCAGUCACUAGCCCAGGCAAUGUUUCCCCACCAAUAGAUCUGGUCCAAAAGGGGCCUUAUGGACUAUCAGGACUGAAGAGAUCUGCAGCUUCCUCCCUCAGAUCAAUCCCUGCAACUGAAGGAAACAAAAGCUACAGUGGAUCCAUUCAAAGCUUAACUUCCAUAGAUUCCAAAGAGACACCAAGAGCACCACCAAAUCCUGACCUUCCUCCAAAAAUGUGCAGGAGAUUGAGGUUAGACACUACAUCAAGCAAUGGCUAUCAGCGACCUGGUUCAGUAGUGGCAGCUAAAGCCCAGCUGUUUGAAAGUGCUGGUUCACUUAAGCAGGUUUCUGCUGGACGCCAAGCUAAAGCCAUGUAUUCCUGUAAAGCUGAGCACAGUCAUGAACUCUCCUUCCCACAAGGGGCAAUAUUUUCCAAUGUAUACCCAUCAGUCGAACCCGGAUGGUUAAAAGCAACUUAUGAAGGCAAAACAGGACUAGUUCCAGAAAAUUAUGUUGUCUUCCUCUAAUUAGAGUUAGUGGAUGGCAGUAUCUUCAUGGUAUCCAUGGUAACAAUAAUAAUAAUAAGUGCUAUGAUUUUAUCUGACACAGAUACAGGGAUCAGCCCACUCAAUGAAAAUGGCCGAUUUUUGUCAAGUUCUUUACUGGCAGUUUGUACAGCUCCGCUGUCAUUGAAACAAAAUGGAUUUAAAUCGUUGGCCUGUCUUUUCAAGCUAGCACUCUAUUUAAAUGACUUGUUUUUUGAUCAAGAAAAACCAUACACUUUUUUUUAACAUAACAAGGGCAGAAUUGGAAAUAGAAAUCCUGAGUUGGUCAUCCAGUCCAGGCAACUUAUAAUCCAAGAAACUGCUACAAGAUUUUUGGGAGUCCUGACCAAAUAUAUUCAUCCCUACUCACUGCUCCCUGAAGUAUCUAGAAAUCACAUGUCAUAAUAUAAUUUAAAUUGUAUACUUUUUUCUCUUUAAAAAAAAAAGGUAUUGAGUUGACUUUUCUUUAUAUGUCAGUUUUUGCUGGUCCUUAGCAUUUCAAAGAAAUAUAUUUGCAACAUUGCUUUUUGUUUAUUUGUUAUCUGAGGAGAUGAUAAUGUUCAUAUGCAAUAAUGUGUGUUAUCUAUGUAAAUGAGGCCAAAUUAGGUUAUACACUGAUUAAACCUUAACCCAUCCAGAAUGUGAUUAUUCUCUCCCAACAGCUUCUUAGUUUUAUCUAUUUUACUACCCAAAGCCCCUUGAGAACAGGGACUGUGUCUUAUUUAUCUUGGAAUUUAUCUUAGUGUGUUGCACAUAGUAGGCACUCAAUAAAUUUUUUUAAUGGAUAUCUCCUUUACUUCUAGAUUUUUACCCUUUUGUAUAAAUAUAAUUAUAAAAAUUUUAUUUAUAUCCUGCUUGAGGUAUGAUAGGGGCUUUUCACAGAAGCAAUUCUGAAGCCAAUAAAACACCAAGUAUAUAUGAAUACACAGUAUAAGGCAAUUAUAUAUGAACACCCAAUGUAAAAACACAGACCCAGAUGCCACAUACAUUACAACAUUUCAAAAUACCUUAUGACUGAUGGCAUUAUUUUUUCUGAGUUUUUCUUCUACAGAUGACACAGGUCUUCUGUGAAGAUGUCAGAUGGGCAAGCUAUAUAUUUUAAAGAUUAUACUGAACUGAAAAUGAAAUAUAAAGCUAUAUACUGUUUAAAUUGGGUUAUCUUAGUUUCUUCCAUCUCUCUUGAACCAGAGUAAUAUCUGGGACUUGCUAGUCUUUAUAUCAUUCUGUUUAUGAGCUUUAUUUUCUUGGGGAUUGUAUUGAAUUGUCGAUGAAUACAAAUUAGAAAGGAAACUAUUGCCUUAUCAAGUUUAGAAUUAAAUGUCUAGCACCUUAUGAAGCAUACAGUUGCCUCUUGUCUUGCAGAAAUGGUUGUCCUUGCUGCUAGCUAUAUGUUGGUCCUUGGAGCUCUUCUCUGUACUGUGGAGAGGUAUCGCAAGGGUCUUUUCCAUCCAGCUGACUCAUGAAUGCAGGCAACAAGGCCAUGACCCCAGUCAAGCUUGGUGGAUUUGCCAUGUUGUUUUGCUGGCAAUAUCAAUACUUCCCACAGGCAGAGAUAAUAAGGUGUUGACUGUGUGGGUCUCACUCUAUAUUAUAAUUGGUGAUCUCGGUCUGUUGUAAAAUGACUUUCCUAAGGGAAACAGGAUAAAAUAUACUGAAUUGCAAAAAAGCCAUGCCACAAAGUACUUAUGCUUUUAAAAUUGAGAAUGGAAUAAAGGUUUAGUAUUGAGAGACAAACAGGAGACAAAAUGUCCAUGGUUGGAAAGCAAGUAGAUUUGGAGAAAGAUGAGUGCUACAGACAGAAUGGUUUCAUAAUAUUACAAGAAUCAAUGCUGGCAGUGUUUUAGAAAACAAAUAAUUGCUGAGACAUCAUGGUACCAGGAGUCAGAAGACCUAGCUUCUAAUCCUGGUUCUGAGUUGUCUUACAUUGGGGAACUUAAGAAUUUAAACCCCAUGGGAACUUUGUUACUUCAUUUGUAAAAUGAUAAAAAUCCCUCUUUGCACUAAAAUCCUGAAUCUUGUUUAAUAACACUAGCAUCAGCAUUAAUAGCAUUAUAUUCCUUGUAAAUUAGUAGGCACAUGAACACCCAUACACGCAUAGGUUCAUUUGCCCUUUGCCCCCUUGCAGGGACUCUUAACUCUGUGUUACUGACACCUACUGUUGCUCUCUCCACCCUAUAUCAAGUUCUUCCUUAUAGCACCUUUCUGAUGACAGCAGUGUUCAUGAUGUAUUCUUUGCUCAUUUUCCAGAAUAAUAAUUUCAAUAACAAUUACGAUUAUUUCCCUGUGUAAUAAAUACCUUGCCAGAAUCAUGACCUGGAUCAAAAGUUUUAGUCUUCAUGAUAUUCUUGCAUGUCUAUGAUACACUUUAGUCACAUGUCAUAUUCACAUUUUAUAGCCCUUUUAUUCAUUUACCAAAAUUUAGUCUCGGGUUAUCUUUUUCGAUUCACUUAAAAGUAGCUUGUGAAAAUCUUUUUUGAACGUACAUUUUCCAUAAUGCAAGAAAAUCUCUUAGAGUAGGUUAGUUUGUUUUUUCCCCAAAGGCCAUCUUUCCUUUAAUAGGAGACUCAGAACUGAAAUAUGUCUGCUGCUCAAUCAAGAAGUCUCAGUCUACGUUUGAUUUUAAACACAAACCAAAUGCCAUCACAUUCAAAUUCACUCUAAUAUAAAUUGCAGUAGAGUAGGGCUUAAUGGGUCAUUUUUGAACUUGGUUUGUAUGAGGGUCACUACACUACCAGGCAAAGGUUACAGCCAGCUUUCUUUCUUGCUAAUGGAGGUUCAUAGUCUGCUGCUGUUCUUUCUCUGUACAUUUUCCUAACUAUUUUAUAGACAUAAUGUGCUUAUUCAUAAUGUGCUAUACCUUAGAGAUUUCAACCUUGUUGCUUUGUCCCAGCAGUUGUACUUUCUUCAUCUUUAUUGCUUACAAAAUCAGACCUAUUUUUCAAAGCCAUGUUGUAAAUGAGGCUAAAGUGCCUUAAUAGCAUGUCUACAUGAAUUACAUGUCUCCAAGUAUCAGGGAAAUCUGAAAAUUAUAGAACAAGAAAUAAUAAUAUGGAGGCAGCCAGGCAUAGAGUGACCUUCAAGUCUGGAAUACCUGGUAUCAGGUCCUGCCUCUUGACACAUGGUGGCCACCUGACCACAGGGGAGUCACUUAACCUCUGUGUCCCAGUCAACUCUCUGACUGCAUUAUAGCUGACAAUAUACAUGUUUGGGGACUUUUCCCCAGAAUUCUCUAUAAUGAUAAAAUUGGAAUGGUGUCAAACUCAAACAGAAACAGGGUUAUGUGUACAUAAAAAUCCCUUUGGGCUGCGUUUUGACUCAGAAAAACGUGAUAUGUUCCGUUGUAUUUUUAUUUUGUUAAAAAUAACCAUCCCAAUUACAUUUUAAUCUGUUUGGGCUGCACUCAGGAGUGUUAUGGGCCACAUAUGUGACACCUCUGCCCUAUACCAAUGAAAUAAUGGAUCUGGACCAAUAAUAAUACAGUGCCAAAAUAGGUGAUCCAGGAAGUAUUUUUGAUAGAAUUUGAAAUGCAUCUCACUUAUAAGCAGAGGCAGUAUGUGACUAUGGUAAAAUUGUAUCUCAGUUUUCGUAAAGGCUUUGUGGUUUGACCAUAACAACUAUUGGUUGCCUAAUAAUCGGUGUGAAAUUGGCAUGUGUUAUAUUAUGGUAACUGUUAUUUAUGUCAUGUGAAAAGUGUCUCCAUGGAAACUAUGUGUCUCUUCUACAUGUAGCUGUUUUUCUUGUGCCACUACACCCUGAAAAUGUAAUGCAGUAGAAUAAGUGGUCCAAAAUAUUAUAUUUUGUGGCAGGAGAAUGUCCAAAGUCUGUCUUAUCUUGGCCUUGAGGCAUCUUCAGCCACAAGAUAGCCGACUGCUUUCUCUGUGAGUUUGUUGCAAGUGUUUUUGUUCGUUGGGUAUGCCCCAUCUUACUGUUCUGUGUUCCUAGAUGUGGAAUGGUUAUCAUGAACCAAAUUAGAAUUCUUGACAGUUUAUAUCCUUUCUUAUCCCAUCCCUACCCCUUUUCAGAAGCCAGGGAGAAAAAUACUCACUUGAUAACUCACCAUUAAUCCUUCUUAAACUAGAGGAAAUAAAGAUACUCUAUGAGUUUUUUCUUAUAUUAUAGACUAUUAUUUAAUUUCAAAUAUUUAAGUUUUAGAGAAAUACAGUAUUAUCUCUGAAAGCCUACCCAGAGACAUCCUUUUACUUCGGACACCCCCCUCCUUCACCCUCCCCCCUGUAGUGCUCAUGGUGUUUGGUGACCAUGCCUGGUACACAGAGACAUAGAACUCUGACUAUGGAUGUAAUCUCAGAAUGAUUUUAUAGAGUGCAGGACCCCAAAGGUGUCUAAUUACAUAAUUAUGUUUUAUAAACACAGAAGCCAUAGCACCCAACUCUUUGUCUGCGGACAGUAUACAUUUACUUUAGUGUCACAACAAUAUUUGAAACUUUAUCUAUGGUACUCAUAAGCUGACUUUUGGAUGGAUGGUUCCUCAAACCAUAAGUCUCCCCAAAUGAAUUCAUAGUCAUCUUUUUUUUCAAAUCCAGACUUUUUUUAUUAAAAACAUAUAAUAAGGCCCAGGCAAAUUAAUGAUUGAUGUGCGUUAAUGGCCAAAUCAGUGAUACCUGUUACCUGUGAUCUUACUCCUCAUGGACAUUAACCAUUAUACACCUGACCCCCAUCACCACAUAAAAUGUGCUAAUACUGAAAACAAUGGAUUUUCUUUGCUAGUAGCUUCGCAAGAACCUGUGCACAUUCAGGUAUACACAAGAGCUUUUGAAGACACCAUUAUGGGUGUUUUUAUACAAGGUUGUUGGAUGUUCUUCUCUCUCAAUAAAUUAUGCCAAAAUUAACAUGGUGGUAUUUUCUCAGGAUGAAAGGCAGAAGUGCUCAGAACAACUUAGCCAAAUCUUUGAAAGCCAUUUUGUGGAAGAUUUCUUCUAAACACACAUGAUAGAGCACAACAAUGACCAAUUUUUCUUGCCCGUCUUUGAAGUUAGUUUUCUAUGACUAAUAUCUCCAGGCUACAGAGAAAAAUGCAGGUUGUGUUUAUACCAAGGUGUUUUAAACAACGGAGGAAAUUUUCUAAGUAUCUGAUUGUUUUUCUGUUCCCAGCAGCUGCUGCAAAAGGGUUUUCAUUUCAAUGAAUUUGUUCUUUCUAUAGUGUGAGCCACUGCAGGUAUUAAAAGGCCACCUAUAUUGUUGCUGAGUUAGACAUCUCCCAUUUCCUUUUGACUUCAUUGGCUAAUUUUGGGCAGUUACAUAAUAGAAAUUAUUUUUACUUUUGUUCCUAACAGAAGGCUUUCCCUUCGAGGUAUAAAGAGUGUUCAUUUUUGCCUUAUAGUUUUUGCAGUCCCCCAAAUUGGUGGGAUCUCCGCUGUAUGCGGCCCCAUGUCAAGAGUUACAUAUCUACUUUUGCUGUCUUCCAUGGUGCUUCCUCCCUAAUUGAAGGCACCACACCAACUUCCGCAGAUUGUCGUAAUACUUCCUGCAUGUUAUACUCGGGGUCAGCAGUAAUCUUUGGCUACUGCAAAACUGGUCUUAAACUCUGAGGUGAAACCUUUGCAAAUGCAAGGUCAUGGUUUGGCAGGGAAGAUGACAGGGUUUCCAAUUCAGAAUCCUAUUUGUAGUUUCUAGUUUCUAUUUUGGAGGUACUGGAGUCUUAACCACUCCUAGAUGUUUGGAUACUAUAUUUCAGUCCUAGGAAUUUCUCUACAGACAUUAAUUAACAUGACAAACUGCAAUAUGGUAUAUUGGGGGGGAAGUACUCCAGUAAAUUAUCAUAAUGUGUUUUUUGUUUAUUUUGUAGUGUUUCUGUAUUUAUCUGCACUUUGUAUAUAUACCUACACACAUGUAAAUAACCUGAUUAUCUCUAAUCUAAAUGGUCACAGUACCUUUGUUGUACUUUUACACUGUAUUUCAUGAGUUUAAAAAUACUUUAAUAAUAAAUGACAUAUGCACAUUUUAA